UCCUUGUGCUGCUCACUGCGUUGACUUGAUCUUAGAAGAUAUAGGGAAAUUGCCUGAUUUUAAAGCAACAUUGAAGAAGGCAAUGAGUGUGAAUGCUUACAUUUAUGUUCGCCCUGGCAUGGUAAAUAUGUUGAGGCAAUUCACAAGACAAAAAGAGCUUUGUCGGGCAGGUGUCACAAGAUUUGCUACUGCUUUUCUUACUCUUGAAAGGAUGCACCUACAGAAGCAAAAUUUAAGAAAAAUGUCCAUUUCAAAGGAUUGGAUAGAGAGUAAAUGGGCAAAAGAAGCGGCGGGGAAGAAGGUAGCUAAAAUCAUCAUGACACUUAGAUUUUGGAGCAGUAUUGUGCAUAUUUUAAAGAUAUAUGGCCCUUUAGUCCGUGUUCUGAGACUGGUUGAUGGCGAAAGAAAACCUGCAAUGGGUUAUAUUUAUGAGGCUAUGGAUAGGGCAAAAGAAACAAUUAUGAAGGCCUUCAAGGAGAAAGAAGAAAAAUACAAAGAAGUGUUUGAGAUCAUUGAUGCGAGAUGGGAAUGUCAACUUCAUCGGCCUCUGCAUGCUGCAGGACAUUAUUUGAAUCCAGAAUAUUUUUAUUCAUACACAGAUUCAAAUAUCUGUGGAGAAGUGGUGAAUGGUUUGUUUGAAACUAUGGAGAGAUUGGUUUCAAGCGCUGCCGAGCAAGAUAAAAUCACUACCCAACUCUCUAUAUAUCGAAAGGCAGAAGGGCUAUUUGGGAGGAAUGUAGCAAUUAGACAUAGAAGAGCAUUAUCUCCAGCAGAAUGGUGGGAAUGCUAUGGAGCAAAUACCCCAGAAUUGCAAAAGUUUGCUAUUAAAGUGCUUAGCCUCACUUGUAGUGCUUCUGGUUGUGAGCGCAAUUGGAGUGUAUUUGAGCAGGUAUGUAAUAAAUAUAAAUGUUUGAUACUAUUAGUAUGCUACUUUUAUAAGUAGAAAAUAUUCUUUGAUAUUUUAUUAUACUUAUUGUGAUUUUUGACAUUUUGUAGA